AUGGCUACGAAAGCGAGCACCCGAAAUCAACCAUCCACGACCAUGCAGGGGAAGAACUUCGCAGCCUGCCACCAAGUCAUCAACACUGUCGAGCUGCUAGAGGCGAUCCUGGUCGCAAGUGACGAUUUGCGCGCUCUUUUCCUCGGCCAGCGUGUCAACAGGGCGUUCAAGGGCACGAUCGACGGCUCUCAAAAGCGGCAGAAGAAGCUAUGGCUCCUCAAUGAUCCAGACUGGAACAUGGAUGCCGACGAGCAUGGUCAUCAUGGUUACGAAAUGAACCCAUUGCUGCUGAUGUGUUCUCCAAAUCGGUGCGAUGAUGAACACCCAACCACAAUGAGAGGUAAAGGUGGCCCGCUGUACAACUUCUUGGGCAAGGAAUUUCAACUUGUGCUUAUGCAGUCUUUCCUUCUGUUGUAUUUGCGUUACCGACUUGCGUACCUUGCGUACCCUGAUUCUAUCCCAAUGCUGUUGGCGUUUGCAGCUCUCACAAUCACCUCUUGUUCUCGGCUGAGAGCUGCGACUCUCUCGCCAGCUGCUCCUCGGUCUUCUUAUUCCCACUGCGCUGGGUCAGCAGAGCGUAUGCAUACUGUAUCAGAGCGAGACUCGCCUAAGAAUCAGCUUGUUGAGGAAGCUGCCUGGCUUGCCCUGAUCAUGACCAUCCCGCUCGGCUCUGUCAAUGUCCUUGGAGAUGUUUCCGUAUGUCUCCUCAUCUACAUCGCUUGCAUCCUCGACAUCGUCGAUGUUUGCUAUGUUCCUACUGUCAGCGUGACGUAG